AUGUUGGGGCAGGUUGUGUAUCUAAGCCGAGACCUGGAGAAGGCUAGUAGAUACCCUCUGGACCUCCCUGAACACCAGAAGGUUGUUAUCAGAGUUAAAGUUAAUGUGGGCAAGGUGAAAAAAAUUGACCGCCAAUGCCACCCUUUGCAGAAGAGGUGGCAUGACGAGGGUAAUGACUCAGCCUGGGUUCCCCCUAACAGUGACCUUGAAGGAUGGUUUAGAAGAGACCUGUGACUGGGACCCAAACCGUAUUACUGUUUUAAAAAACGGAACCCACCUUACAAAGUGAGGACACUGAUGAGGAAGAAGAGGAGGAAGAGGAUUUUGAAGAAAAGGGUGUAGAAGGAGAGGAGGAGGAGGAAGAGAAUGAAGAUGUAUUAAUUAGAUUAGCUCACAUCCUGCGUCCUUUCUCCCACAUCCUCUCGCUUCCUUUUGAAAGAGUUCAAAGGUAAUUGAGGAGAGGUGUGCUUGUCUGAAAUGAGACUCUCCUGAACAAAGAAGACCUUUGCAACAUUCAACAAAAUCUUUCAAGGGUCUUUUUCUUCUACUGAAUCUGAACUUUUGUAAUCUGUAAAAACAAGCAUUUCUGAUUUUUCAGCAUAAAUCCCAGUUGGGAUUGGCCGUCACAUAUUAGCUUGAUUAUGAUUAAAAGAUGUCAAAUAUAUAUACACUGCUCAAAAAAAUAAAGGGAACACUAAAAUAACACAUCCUAGAUCUGAAUGAAUGAAAUAAUCUUAUUAAAUACUUUUUUCUUUACAUAGUUGAAUGUGCUGACAACAAAUCACAACAAAAAUUAUCAAUGGAAAUCAAAUGUAUCAACCCAUGGAGGUCUGGAUUUGGAGUCACCCUCAAAAUUAAAGUGGAAAACCACACUACAGGCUGAUCCAACUUUGAUGUAAUGUCCUUAAAACAAGUCUAAAUGAGGUCCCGUAGUGUGUGUGUGGCCUAGUACGUGCUUCUAAAGCAUUACAAGGUUUGGCGCUCAAGUGAUUAGUGGCGUGGCCACAACCUGACAAGCAUCGGCAUCCUGGACCCUCCUGGAGUGCAUGCCUCCCUACAAUGCCUGGGCAUGCUCCUGAUGAGGUGGCGGAUGGUCUCCUGAGGGAUCUCCUCUCAGACCUGGACUAAAGCAUCCGCCAACUCCUGGACAGUCUGUGGUGCAACGUGGCGUUGGUGGAUGGAGCGAGACAUGAUGUCCCAGAUGUGCUCAAUUGGAUUCAGGUCUGGGGAACGGGCGGGCCAGUCCAUAGCAUCAAUGCCUUCCUCUUGCAGGAAUUGCUGACACACUCCAGCCACAUGAGGUCUAGCAUUGUCUUGCAUUAGGAGGAACCCAGGGCCAACCGCACCAGCAUAUGGUCUCACAAGGGGUCUGAGGAUCUCAUCUCGGUACCUAAUGGCAGUCAGGCUACCUCUGGCGAGCACAUGGAGGGCUGUGCGGCCCCCCAAAGAAAUGCCACCCAUGACUGACCCACCGCCAAACCGGUCAUGCUGGAGGAUGUUGCAGGCAGCAGAACGUUCUCCACGGCGUCUCCAGACUCUGUCACAUGUGCUCAGUGUGAACCUGCUUUCAUAUGUGAAGAGCACAGGGCGCCAGUGGCGAAUUUGCCAAUCUUGGUGUUCUCUGGCAAAUGCCAAACGUCCUGCACGGUGUUGGGCUGUAAGCACAACCCCCACCUGUGGAUGUCGGGCCCUCAUACCACCCUCAUGGAGUCUGUUUCUGACCGUUUGAGCAGACACAUGCACAUUUGUGGCCUGCUGGAGGUCAUUUUGCAGGGCUCUGGCAGUGCUCCUCCUGCUCCUCCUUGCACAAAGGCAGAGGUAGCAGUCCUGCUGCUGGGUUGUUGCCCUCCUACGACCUCCUCCACGUCUCCUGAUGUACUGGCCUGUCUCCUGGUAGCGCCUCCAUGUUCUGGACACUACGCUGACAGACACAGCAAACCUUCUUGCCAUAGCUCGCAUUGAUGUGCCAUCCUGGAUGAGCUGCACUACCUGAGCCACUUGUGUGGGUUGUAGACUCCGUCUCAUGCUACCACUAGAGUGAAAGCACCGCCAGCAUUCAAAAGUGACCAAAACAUCAGCCAGGAAGCAUAGGAACUGAGAAGUGGUCUGUGGUCACCACCUGCAAAACCAGUCCUUUAUGUCUUGCUAAUUGCCUAUAAUUUCCACAUGUUGUCUAUGCCAUUUGCACAACAGCAUGUGAAAUGUAUUGUCAAUCAGUGUUGCUUCCUAAGUGGACAGUUUGAUUUCACAGAAGUGUGAUUGACUUGGAGUUACAUUGUGUUGUUUAAGUGUUCCCUUUAUUUUUUUGAGCAGUGUAUAUAUAUAUAUAUAUUUUUUUUUUAAUUCAAUUUUACUUCCUUUAAUUCAAAUGAAAUUCAAAUUCUGCAUGGCCAAUUCAGGAGGCGGCAGAACAGAAUGAGGAUUAUGAGGAAGAGGGGUUGAAGGGAGAGGAGGAGGAAGGAGAGGCAGGGAGGAGGGGAGAAAGGGGAAGGAAAGAGAAUGAGGAUUAGGAAAUAUGAGGGGAGGAGGAAGAUGAGGAGGAGGAGGAAGAGGAUGAGGAAGAUGAGGAGGUUUACGAGGAAGAGGAGGAUUACGAGGAAGGGGAGGAGGAGGACUCAUAG